AUUUCUAAGCAGGUCCAUAAUGAUAGUUUUCUAAUUCGUCUAUCAGAGUUUGGAGUUUGAAUUUCGAGUUCAGAGGGAAGGUCAAGUAUUGCGCUAGAUCUUUCGGGUUGUUGUCUGGACGAUAGCAGAUGGCGCUGAACACAGAAAGCAGCUUAUCACAUAAUACAGGUGUUAAAACUUUAUACGAAUCAGACCUAGAAGAUGAAAACUACUCAUCUGUGGAAAGUUAUGGCAUUAGAGAACGUAGGCGUAAGCUGCACACUGAAGCGGAGCAGCGUCGUCGAAAUGCUAUAAAGAGGGGUUUUGAAGGGUUAUUAGAGCUCGUCCAUCCAAUGAAAAACGAAUCACCCUCUCCGUCCGUUAGGAUGAGUAAAUCGAGCAUAUUACAUAAAGCUAUCUAUAUGAUUGAAAGGCUUGGAAGGCAAAAGUACCAAAAAUUGUCAGAAGUCGAAAGUCUAGAAAAGGAGGUUAAAGCUCUUCGAAUACUAUGCUUGAAUUAUGAGAAAAUAGUUCAAAACAGUCCGAAUUACGAAUGUAGAUCAGUCGAGCCGAUUCCAGAUGAUACAAAACUAGGAGUGUUUCGAGUGUUUUUUGACGCCAUGUUCCGUUCAUUUGACAAUUAUAUUGUAUUCAAUUCUUUUACUGACCUCUCAGCAUCAGUGAUAAAAUGGGUUGAAGAGAGCUGUAAACCUGAAGUUAGUUACUAGUUCCCUUAUCUUUUUUCUCCUGAUGUUUCAUCGUAUUACACCUUCAAAGCAAGUUUAUGCAUUUCAGCACGGUUUCGAUGCUUAUGAAUUAUUAUUUUAUUAUAUUGCUGACAAGAGGCACUUGCUAUAAAAGCCAUAAUCUGCAUUAUAGGAAAUAGACAGAAAAAGCAGUUACGGCAUAGCCACAGUUUACCGCAGCUUGUGAGACUAUAAUUUAUGGACGAACCAGUCAGAUUUACGACGACAGGUCUUGAAUUUUGGCUCAAAAUUAAUUCAUUCAUUUGGCUAAAUAUUUUUAGCAUUAUAGUUAAUGUAAGUUUGUAAUGAAAACCAAAGAUCUAUUUCCAAACCCUAACUAUCAAUUUAGAUAUUAAUUUUAGUUCCUCACACUGGUUUAUAACCCUCAUUUAGCCGUAUUAUGUAGGUGGACAUUAUCAAUGUCCUUUUAGCGUCGCUCAAAGGUCGUCCAUAAAUUAUAGUCCCACCGUGAAAUCAGUGAAUGUAUGUGUUUUUGCUUAUAGUGUCGGUUGAAAUCAAACAGUGCAGAUGUAGAAGUUGUAGUCAUCAUGUAAGUAGCUUUAAGGAAAUGUCUUUUAUGUGUGGUUUGUUCAGAUUGUGAUGAAAAAGAAUAUGUUACUCCAUACAUAUAUCGGCUUUAUCUAUCUAAAUUGGUCCUAAUUCUUUUCGGUCGCUAGAUAGGGGCGUAAUGAUAAUUUUAUAAUCUUCGUUUGUAACAAAUGAUUAGCAUGUUGGACACUAAUUGGCCACUGGUUUAUCAACUCCCUUAUUUCUAGAGAAACCUAGAUCAGCACAAGAUUCAACUGUUACAUUGAUUUACCUAACAUUGAGUAAGGAAUAAGGUAUUAAAUAAUUCGGCUAUAAUGCAACGAUUUAAGAGACAAUAUAUCGUGCUUUUCAUCCUAGUUUUAAAUUACAUUGGUCGUGAUUUAAUUGUCUGCGUGUAUUGAAUAUCGUGAAUUGAUUGACGUUUCACAACCUACACAACCCCUCCAAAAAAGACUAGAUUAUGUUAGCUUGUUUAAUCAGUCUCGUAUUUUAAGGCCUGCUUAGAAGAUAGCCAUGUUUCCACGUAUAAAGUUUACCGGUUCUACCAUACAGAUUAAUCAAAAAGUAGUUAGGUAAAAAACGACAUUUCAUACUGCUGGCCUUGCUAAAGUGUAGCUGGUAUGAGAUGUUUCCCACAAAACAUUACUAUUUCCAGAGAUACUACCUACCUAUGGUUCAGGUCUCUUCCUUGCAUGGAUUUUCACUGAACAUAUCAAUAUAAAUCUGCUUUCAUUUCGAGGUUCUUGAUAUAGGAAAAGCUCUUCACAACGCUUUUUAUUUAUUUGAAAUCAAAUAUUGGACACCAAUAUAUGUAUGCGUCACAAUAAAAAUAAGAUUGCAAAGAGAUAGUUAAAGAAAGGUGAGUAUGAUAUAAAAGAAAAAAAGUGGGAGAAGCAGUUCAGCUAAGGAAAAUACAACUAGAAAGGGUCCUUCCAGUGAAAGUUUCUCUCAUAUGAGGAAAGUAGGGGGAAAUCACAUCAGGACCGCCAGUGGCAUCCAUUCUGAACCGCGUUUGACAACAUCUCAGGCCACUGUGUUGCCUCAUCUCUAGGAAUGCAACUAAGGAGUUUAUUAUUUAUUUAUUUGAACACAUUGGUACAAAGGGGCACCAAAUACAUAUGCACCACACAAUAACAGUGAGGCCAUGGAGAGAUAAUGUAAAGUGCGUAUAAUAAAAGAACAACAACAAACAGAAAUCGGUGUAUGAGAGUGGAAUAAUACUAAUAAUCAGAGAAACAGUUCAGUUAGCAAAAAUGUAACCAAAAAGAACUAAAUCAAAGAAGUUACGUCUAUUUUUAUGAUGAAAGUAAGAAAGAGUUACAGCGGAAUCGCAACUGGCUUUAUUCUGAGUCAUGUCUGAUAACGUCUCCAGCCACUGUUGCACCAUCUGUAAGACCUCAACCAGUGAGUCGUGAAGAACCAACGCUGUGGAAUCCUCUGGUACGACAUCCGUAAUACAUAUCCAAGGCACCGAAUUCAAUGUUUCAAAAUAGUGACACUAAUUGGAUUAUCGUCGCUGUGCCUGAACAUAUGUUGCAGAACCUCUUCAUUGUAUUUACUAUGAGAUGAUCGUAUUGGUUGAUAAUAACAAAACGACUAAAGCUUUUGUUCAGAAUAUAGCUCUCGUAAAUUUAUUUAUUUAAACGCAUAAACAUUGGUACAAGGAGGCACCAAAUAGAUAUGUUCCACAUAAACCAUUCGAUUCUCUUCCGCGCAGCGGGGUGUUGUUUACAAAAUUGAGAGGACGAAAAGCGAAUGUCCAGUGCUUUAACCGGGUUAGUGGACACGGAGAGUCCACCUAGGGGAAUUGGAGAACCCUGACUCCAAACCAAUGAUACACAUGAGAACCAGUAUCCUGAAGGAACAAUCGGUGUGUGAACCAAUCGUUGGUCAUCGGCUACCAUGGGACUGCAUCUCUUAACGUUGCCCCACUGCCUUGUGGAUCAGACCUUUAGGGGUGUGGCCCCCCUAAGAAAACCACCUGCUUCGGUUUAGGCACCCAGGCAAUAUCCCAACCCUUACACAAAUCGAAUGAUUUAUGUGGCGCUCGUAAAUUAGUACGUUUUGUGGACUUGAGCUACGUCUACUGUUGUCGAUUAUUUGUUGAAAGGCCGCUCGGAAGUAAACCUCACACCUGAAGGCUAUCUAUUGUACUGAAUUAAGCCCUGAUAACUGAUCGUAAAAUAGAUGAGUCAGUUAUACUUCAUACUAUAUUAAGAAAUAUUGACCUAAUGUUUAGGUUUUCCAGUCCUGUGUGUGGUAGUGAUUUAUUACAAAAUGUAAGUCCUUAGUCACUUACAUUGAGAAAAACAACAUAUGUACUUUGAAGCACUCCCUGUAGUGUGUGAAAUAGGAUACAUCUUCAGUGUACCAAUAGCAAAGUGCGUCGUUCGAUAAAUGCCAUACCUCUCUGUAACCCCAUCAGUUUACCUUUAAAGUAAACCAAAAAAUUCCUUUAAUCGAAAAACCGAAUCUUAGUGUAAAAGCUGACGUUCGAUUCUCAACUGUAUUAUCCUUGACAAUUUAUGCACACCUUAAAGUACCAAUCAAUAGCCAUUAAAAAUUCUUAUUCUGUUUCUAUAAACUGUCUGACUAUAACCACUCGUACCAUAUUCAUAACUUGUAGUUGUUUGAUAGAAGUGGUUUUAUAAAACCAUUUGUGACGCAAUCACUGUACUUCUUUUGUUUCAUAAUGGCAGUGAGAUUUCCGAAUUAAAGGAUUUUUAUUUUUUCAAUGGGCUUUUUUAAAGUGGAUUUACUCCAUGGGAGGUGAGCUGUAUCAUUCAAAUGCAAGAUAAGCCUCAUUGAAAUUGACCAAUAUAUGAUACUUGAAACCAGUUAAGUAGUAAUGUUCAAAUCAACCUCAAUCCUAGAUAAAAUCCUCAAAAGGAUAUUUUCAUCUUUCAAUAAUUUCCACUCACAGACAAAUAUAAAACAUUUGAAUUAGUCAGAGGCUGGUUUUUUAGAGAUGAAGCUUAUAUUCACAAUUUACCACAUAUAAAUUUGUCGUAAAGUCAUUCUACUGUUUUGUAAGUUCAGACAAAACAUGAAAUGAAGUCGAUGACUGUUGGUCUAAGUGAUGUAGGCAGAUGCAGACUAUCUGGGUGGGGUAUACACGAUAACACCAACCAGUGGCUGGAUACUGUGUGUGGAAUAGCUUAGAAUCGUUCGCGACUGUGCAGAUGCACUCUUUAUUAUCCUCUCGAUCUUGAAUCCCGAUGUUCCUCUAUGUAUAACUCUUCACUGUUUUUUCGAAUCCUACCCUUAAUUUUUAUUUUUCAUUGUGAUUGGUACUAUGUUACUUAGAUCCCUUCUGCUACACAUCUUGUUGAUUUUAUCUGGUUAUGCUAAUGAAAUAUGACAACUUUGACCUCUGCACAUCCGUGCCAGACUCUGAUAAUGAAGCUGACUGACUGGCUAUAAGUUUGUAAUGAGCUAGGAAUGACAGUAUGUAGUGUGAAAAACUGAAUGUUAUGUCCAAAACAUUGCAUUUUUUCUGGGGAUGUGUUGUUUACUCAUAUUCUCGAAUUAUUAUAACUGUAUGAAGACGCUUAACUUUCAAAGUAACAGGUCAGUUUUUUAGCCUUAAUCCCAAUAUAUAGAGUACUUCGUAAUCUAAUUCGCCAUAGAACUUAGAUCAUACCUUAAGUAAUCCAAAGCUAUCGAUCAUACUUGAGAUCAUCGAUUGAAUUGUUAACUAACUGAGCUUGGAUUACUCAUAGUUGACAGUAUUAAUGGAUGAUAUUUAUUUUUUAGUAAGCUUGCUCUGUUUUUUUUGUUGUAAAAGCAAUAUAAGGUCAUCUGUUUUAAUUGAUUAAUAAAUCUCAUUCGCUAUUAUUUUGAUUUUACUGCGAACCAUGUAGUUAUAAUAUGUGCCUGUGUCCAGCAUACACUGUAAACAACUCGCUUUUCGAUUGAUGCAAGGUUAAAUUAGGAUGAAAAGAUUGUACAGUUCAGUCAUUUUAUCAAGUUCGUGCACACGUAAGACUGCGCUUAUUUUUUUUAGCAUAUAUUCAGUUUUCAGGGUUCACUGACAAAAUAAAACACCAUCUUUACAAACAUUAACAGUCAAUUCAACAUAUACAUGAUAAAAAUAGAUACAAAAACUAAUUUACAAGUAUUUGAUCUUGGAUAUCAUCAAAGCCUUAUCUGGUUAUAGUGUUACUGUCAUGGGAACUGUACUUUUGUUCCUCUUAGUGUUAGGUAGUUAUGGGAAAUUAAUGGAUAUGUUUUUGUAAACUUAUACUGACUUAAUCUAUUAGGGCUUGUUCUGUAAAUACCCAUCCAACUCCUUUUUUGAUACUGUAUUCAGCAUAAAAUUGGGUUGGUAUUAAGUGGGUUAUAGAUGAGUAAGUUCAUGAAGUCAUUGAUUUAAGUUGUACAUGAAUGUAAAAGUUUCAUUAUCAGACAUCGGUCUUGAUGACACAGGUCCGUUCAUUUGUCAACCCGCUGUUGAUCUUGGGAAUUUCUAUCAUCUCAUUACUUUUCAUUCCCUCACACCUUCACUCCCUUUGUUGUAUUCUCAUAUUUUUAUGUUCUAACUUCUGCUACUGUAAUAAUCUUCAGUGAUUUUUCCUCUUGUUAUUAACUUCAGUCUACUGAUCUCAGUCGUUUCAACUUCGACCAGUGCACAUCUUUGCUGGAUAUUAGAUAAUUUUUUUAUUUGUUCACUACCAUUUUAAUUGGUUCAUUUGUUAAUACUCAGCUUUCAUCCACCAAAUCGCAGGUUUAAAUCUCGCUCCACCUGGUUCGGCUUUGGUUCCGUGUUGGUACCACUAAUCCUCACAAUAAGUGUGUCUCAAAGUCAGGGACACGAGUCUGUACCUGAUAAACGAGCUACCAAGUGGCAAAAUUCUUGAGUUGUAGCUUAGUUGAUAAGGGGUUCAACUUCGGGUCACUAAGUCCUUAGUUCGAACUCCGCUCCAGCUAAUUCGUUUUGUGCAACCAGGCUAUGUCACUACCGCCCGUGCUUAUAAUGGAGCUUGUUGAAUAAUCUUUAUUAUACAUUUGAACUACUGUCAUAUUACGAGAGAAAACACAAGGUAGUCCAUUCUGCUGCUCAUUGUUGAUUGUUUAGAUAACGAAGGUAGAUUUAAUUAGUAUGGUUUUUAUAUUUUGUGUUGUUAGUUGGAGUUCGAAGUAGGGGAUUGGAGAUAUUAAACACCAUCGAAUAGAUUUAACAAUUGCUAUACAAAAAGACACUUUAAGGAUGAAAACUAUAAGCUAAUAAGAGAGGUUGGGAGAAAAAGGGAAAUCUACCGUAAUAGUCAGUUAUAUUCAUUUAACGACCAUCACCUAUUUAGGCAUUACUAUAUUAAAUAGAAAGCAUGACUGAUUUGUCUUUAUAAAUAUAUAUGUAAUCUCUUUGUGAACAGGGCUCUGUAAUCAAAUGGCAUAUGCGCCUAUUCACAUACAGAACCGAUUGUGCAGAUUUACACCAUCAAUUUCAUUCAUUUAGGAAAGCGUUUCCUUUUUAGUUAAAGUCUGUAAGAUAACUGCUUCUACCUGUAAACUUUGAAUAAUUAUACGUGAAAAAUAAUGACAUUUGUGUAUGUAUUCAUCAAGUUUUAGUGUAACCAACAUAUUUAUUGUCAUUUACUGGUCAUUAAUUACCUUAACUUCUACGUGGAUGUAAGUAACAAACCCAUCACCAUAAUUAUCUGUUCGAAGUUUUAUCAUACUAUCCCGUUUAUUGUGUAACAUUUUAUCAAAUGGUCAUUAAACAGGAUUAUAAAGGGAGUUUGAAUUACACUUUUGUGGAACAGUAACUUAUUGAUUAAAUCAGUUGUAAUUAAACAAUUAACUCACUAGUCCGAACAUCACUUCAUUUAUUUCUUUUCGGAUAAACCUCUGUGGUUUUAUUAGCACUUGUGACUCAAAGCCUAAAGUAUUGAAAACCUAUGGUUGGUUAAUGAGUUAUAAAUGGCAAGUAGAUUGAUAAGGUGGUGACUCUUCAUCGACUAAGUUGAAAUUUGGAUAUAUGUUGCGUAUGGACAAUCACUGCCUACCUCGACACAAUACGUUGACUGGUGUAGGAGUAGGUUAGAACAAAACUGAGGACGAUCAAGCUAAGACGUGGUAUCAGUCUAUCAACUCGCUGACUGUUGGUUUGUGCAGUGUAUAUAGUUCCAAAUAACUUGAUUGGAAUCCGCGUGACUGUUGUGACUAGUGAUUAUAGAUGCUAAGUGACAUUGUGGUGUGUGCUACUUAUAUUGACAUAAGUAGUAUAUGAUGCUAGUCGUGAAUAGGUCUGACAGCAGAGAGACAAGAGGAUCGAACAGUAAAGAAUGGGGACAGGAUGCAAUUUGUAUGAAAAUACAAGAACAAUGAAGUGUGAGUCAUUUUGAGACAAUUUGCGGACAUUUUGCAAAUUAAGCAUUUACUUUAUGAUUGUUAGAUUUUAUUAACAAGUCUUGUAAUUUUGUGUUAAAUACAUUGGAUUGGUCCACACUGGUAUUCUGUUCACUAUAACAUGACUCGCAUUGGAACAGAUGCACUCAUUCUUCGUCUUCUCUUAGAUCAUUAGUUUUAAAAUUAUCUCAUACUUUUUGUUGUUCAAACUCAUUCUUUCCUGCCGAAUCAUAUUGUCUGUGCCAAAUGUUUUCUACAACCAGUGAUUCUGCCCCCACUACUAAUAAUCUGACAUCUAUCUGUGCUGAUGUAGUGUAUCUGUUGGGACCAAUGGACAGAUUUAUGAAGUUAUACGUUUAUGACUAACUGAUUGAUUGAUUGAUUUAUGUUAAAAUUGUAAUAGUUAUUGCGAACAUUAAGCUAGUGACUAUCUGAAAUCGGUAGCUAAGUGGAUAACACUAUGGCGUUUGAAGUGAAUGAUACUAGUUUCGAGCCUUGGAGUGAAUAUCAACUCUGGGAUGCAGGUACAUUCGUCUAACGAGUCCCAAAUAAGACGAGACGGCAUCCUGAACUUCACUGUUAGCCACCAUCCAUCUCUGUCUAUAGUGUUUUCUGUAUACUUUAACAGCAGUUGAAAUUAUUCAAUUAAUAUAGUACCAAUUUUCUCUGUCAAGAGUUAUUUAUUUACUUCUAAUUUCAGAAAAUGGCAUUCCUCAUGGAUUCUGUUCUAACUAAUAUUUUUAACCAGAAUACUGAAAUGCCUUCCGUUAGCAGUCGAAAAUUACACUGUGAUACUUUACCAAUUUAUACAGACUGUAGUACCAAUGAUAGUCAAAAUCCUUCUGAAUCUAUCGGAUCCAUACAUCCUUCAACAGAGUCAUUACUUCAAAUCAAUCCGUUAAUAGGUCAAUCUUCAGUUUACACUUAUUCAUCUAAUAAUCUACCAACACUUACAAUUGCGCCGACUACAAAUAUUAAUAAUUCCACAGUUAGUACUGAAAAGCGUACUCAACUUAAUCCAAAAUUUCCUAUAAUUUCUCAAGGUAAUUCCCAUUCGAAUAAAUUAAAUAUUGUCCGAUGUCCACCGCCACCUCCACUAGUACCAGGGUCUGUUACUACUCAUGCACAGGUCAGUCUUAUCGAUGUGAACUUUCAACAAUGUGGACAGCCAUCAAAAGAUAUACGUGAAGGUGAUAAUGCAUUUUAUAAUUUUAAUUCAAUGAUUCCUAAGAAUGUUAAUUCUACAUUAGUAGUUAUUGAUCAGUCAUCUUUACUCACUGAUGAUCAAGUUAAACAUGACAUUAAAUCAACAUCAUCGUCAUCAUCAUCAUCAUCACCUCAUACAAUAAACUCUUCUUGCAACUUAAUCAUGAAUGAGAUGAAUUUACCUAGAGAGCUGUCGUCAUUGCAUAAUUCUAGUCACGUUCAACAGUAUAAAGAGUUUAUUGACGAUUUAUUAUGAUUAAUUUUUUUUAAAAAAUACAAUCAUUAUAUUCUAUUUUUUCUAUUAAUUUCCAAUCGACUCAAGAGUUCUUUCACUGUCUUUAUUCUCCUUCAAAUGAAUCUGCACACUCACGCACACUAUCUAAUUCAAGAUUUAUACAUAUUUAGUUAUUGUGUAUUAAAUCUAUUUAUUUAUUUAUUUAUCUUGCUCAAUCUAUCCUCCACAUCCUAUUCUGUGAUAUUCACAGUGUAAACUCAAGUUUAAUCUCAGCUAAUUAUGGGAAUUAAAUCAAAAUUAUUGACUCAUUUAUUUAUUUAUUUAUUCACAUGCUUGGCUAUCGUAAUUCCUCUUCUAUCUUUAUUUUGUAAUCACAUGUAUUAUUAUUUUUAUUGUUAACAUUACAAUUUGACGGUUUUGUCUUCCAGCAUUGUUUUAUUCACAUGCUUAUUGAGCGUACAUCUGAAGAAAGACAAAUGACUGGAUAUCAUCAGUUCUACGUGCUUCUUUAGCGACUAUGUAUUCUCUAGCAGAGGUAUGUUGGGAGUUGUUUGUGAUGAAAUGAUGCCUGUGUUUUCUUCCCGGUUAUCUUUGAUUUCUCCUUGUAGUUAACAACGAUUUUUAUUUGAUUAUCUAAACAAUCUUCCUUUCUAUCUUGAACUACCAUUAUUUUAUGCUUUGUUUAUCUUCUUUUACCUCAAACGGUUAUUUGAAAUCUCAGUUAACUAAUAAUAUCAAAAGAGAAAGCACACGGAACUUGUGAACUAUGAUGUGUUGGUUGAGUUUUUUAUGGCAGAAAAUACACAUUCUGAGUUUUUAUUGCAGUCUUCUACAAAGUGAAGUAGGAUUAAUAUUUUGAUGUAAAAUGGUUUUACAAGUAUCAGUUGACAGAAAACAAAUCGUUGGGCGUUAAAAUUCAAUCAGCAUCAAUUAGCUUACAAAAAUAUGUUAUUGACAAUAACAGUGCAAACAUCUCAGUCCUACAGGUUGUCAGUUACGGUCCUAAUAGUUUAGUGGUGACGUUUUUGAGUGUGAUGCCGGGGUGAAAUGGUCUCGUUCCUCACCGGUAGCAACAAUUCUCAUCAUGUAAACGAGUGUCAACUAGCUUGAAAUAUGUCGGUCAGGGUUUCCUAUCAGGUACGUGGAGUCUCUCAACGUAGAAAAGUGGUACACGUAGUAAGUGUUUUUCUAAACCAGUGGUCAGUAGAAUUCGAUUAGCACCAAGGAGCAGGCAAAUAUGAUCGUAAGAUGAAUAUGUAUUUUUAAUUAGUAAUUACAAUAGUUAGGUUUAUCGAUCUCAUUUAGACUAUAUGACACGUAAGUGAUUGAUUAAUAAAUUCCCAGGAUAGUCAUCGUUACGAGACUUCGGCAAUGUUUAUUCCUUGCCUCAGGGAGAUUUAUCCAAAGUCCUUCAGGUCUGGGGAGAGAACAUAGUUAAACAACAGAUUUGCGUGUGCUCCAUGAAUGGUAGACAUCAGUCUGUCCAAGAAAGCGGAGUUUUAAAGGAAACAUUACUCAUUAUAAUGUCACAAGUAGUCUUUUUCAGACAGCCUAUAUCAGUCUUUUUCUAUGACAAAGGGGACAUUCUGGUGAGCGAAUCGUCUGAACGGUUCGGAAAAUGUGUGGGAAAUUAAUUGUUUUUGCACUCUGCAGUAAAUUCAUAAAAGGUAUGCUUUAUCUACGUAAUAUUUUCUUGAAUAUGUCGGGUCCCAUCGGUGACUACUAACAUACUGAUCAGGUUUCCUAAAACAUGCUAUGAGCUCAUUUUUGAAGCGUAAAUCAGAUUUCAUUUAGUUACUUAUUGAUCACUCAUUUUUUCCCUUUCAAAUACUCAGACCCUCAUACGUGUCACCACAUUUUAUUACCAGAAUAAAUUUCCAGAAUGAAUUGUUGAUAUCAAUGCAAUAAUUCUUAUAUGCACGUGUGUUGUUCAUGUGAACUCUUAACCUAAUCAGAUGACCAAUCUUACUCUAAACUAAUUCCAUUUAUUUUUGACCCUGUUCAGGUCAGUGUAUUAGUUUUCUUUUAUUUGAAAUAUAGUGAUUCAAUUUUUAUUGGAAGCUUGAUAUCAUUGUUAUUUACAUUUUUGCGGAAUCAUCUAGUCUUCUAUUCAACAGAUAGUCUUCCAAUAUGUACACUGUUGAAAAUUAUUUACAGAUUAAUAUAACUCCGCGUUACAGUUUAG